GAAGAAGAAGUAGUAAACGGAAGUAAACGUUGACCAAGAACACUUUUCACGUUAGCGUUUUUGGUGUUGUUAUUUAGACAUUUAUUAACACCAUGGAACUUAAAAUAUGACCAAUUGAACUGCACAGCAUCACAUACUUACCACAGGUAGUCGUUAAUUCGCGUUGGAGACAGGGCUUGGUUGAUGAUAUCUAGCUAGGUGGUAACGUUAACUAACAAUGGCCAAUUGUGUGGGUUUUCACACUCAGAUAGCCUCCAUCAUGGAGGUUCUAGCGAAUGCAGCCGUGGCAGAGAUCUGUAAACUCGUAGACGACGACUAUGCAGUGUUUCGUCUGGAAGUAACUCAAAGCCAGAAAGAAAACAGGGGAUUGCGGAGGAAACUACAGUUACUGGAACUGAAGGUGGCACGGGAGCGCGCAGAGAGGACAACGCGAGAGCGCGUCCUCGCCAGUCGUCCCAGUAGUGUCAAGAUCCUCGACCGAUACAGAGGAAUGGCAAGAGGUGAAGGACAUCUCACUGGAAGCCACAGGAGCUUUGUGAAGUCAGCGGGACACAAUACAUUGAGAGAUGACCAACCAAUUACUGUUGAUGAGGGGAGUGGAACCUCAACCCAGCACGUUAUUGUGAUAGAGGCUGCAGGUCCUGGGGUCAAGCAGGAGAGGACUAAAGGAGAGAAGGAGCCAUGGCACAGCAGAGACAUCCAGACUAGAGAGCCCCCUGUAGCCGCGGAGGACCCCACCUCCGCCCCAGCGCCAUGUAGGACCCGACCCAGCAUCACCGAGGUCAGUGGAACGCCGAACACCGUCCUCAAGUCAGAUACAGACACGGAGACUUUAACUGCAACACACAGGCUCUUACACACAGGAUCUGACCACAGAUCAGACCCAGAGAGACUGGGGCUCGGGCCACUGGGCUGUCCUCCUGCUCCUGGUUCAGAGUACUUACCCGUAUUUCACCAGAGCCAAAGAACGGUUCAUUCCCGUGGAGAUGGUGAUACGUUAGACACUGGUGGGGAUGUUCCGUCUUGUUCUUACGCAACAGAGAUGGACCCUGACAACAUGCCCUUGGGUUUAGACACACAGGCUGAUCUGUCCAGAGGGGACUGGAACCAUUACAGUAGUAGUGGAUUCUCUGAAGGGUGCCUAAAUAAGAAAGGGGGGGUUAUAGUCAUAGAUGAAGUGACUGUGAAAGUGGAGGGCGACUCUCCUCUGACCUUGAAUGCAGACGAGACUCACUUAGGGGAAGGACACUCACAAGGCAGAGAUUUCUUAGAUUACAGGGAAAGCUUAGAGACAAAUCCAAACGUUGCAACCCACUCCCCUUUACACACACUCAGGGAUCGGGACCCAGUGUCUACGUUGAUGGGGCCUUCUGAUUCACAGGGCUGCAUCCUUUUUGAUCAGGUAUUGAACUCAAAGGACCAAAGGGCCAAUGGGAGGGGAGGGGGAGCAACAUCAGGCAGUAGUAAAGAGAAACGGUUCCUCUGCAUGUUCUGUAACAAAGGCUUCAGCUGCCUCCAGAAGGUGGAGAUCCACCAGAGGGUCCACACAGGGGUGAAACCCUUCAGCUGUACUCAGUGUCACAUGCGUUUUGCUGAGGCUGGCAAUCUGAAGAGGCACCAGAGGGUCCACACAGGGGAGAAACCCUUCAGCUGUACCCAGUGUCAUAUGCGCUUCUCCCACUCGUCCAGCAUGAAGAGGCACCGGAGGGUCCACACAGGGGAGAAAUAUUAAAGCUGCCCCGAGUGUGAGAAGAGGUUUUCCCAUCAGAACUAGCUGAAGAUGCACAUUUAGGUCCACAUGGGAGAAAGGCUGUUCACCUCUACGCAAUGUGGGAAGAGGUUCUCAGAGAGGAGCUCUGAGGAGCAGAAAAAACAUUCCACUAAAUAGCUUAUGAUGUUUAGAUCAAACCCUGCAUUAAAGACAGGUUGAUUUUCAGUAUUGUCAGUUGAAAAGAUCCACAGAUGCAUUUGGAAUGACGAGAGCAACAGAUUUCAGUGUUGAAUAUUCCUGGGUAGAAUAUUGCAUCCAGACAUUGUAUUUAAGCCUAAAAAGUCUGUUACAUAUUGCGUUUGUACUGUGUAGGCUAUUUGAUGUAUAUUCAACUACUUUAUUUUUUCCCCCCGAGACAAUUUUUAUGAGAAAAUGAUUGCAGUUUAAAUUUUGUCCUGUCCCGACUAAAAGAAAUGUUGGUCGCCUAAGAGUCGUCUGUUCUUUCAACAAUUGAUUGGUAGAAAUUUUAAACAUAUUUUUCAAUAUAUAUGUAGUGUUUUAAUAAAAUCAACUGUAUGUACUAGAUUGUGUGAUGCUUUAAAGGGGAAUUGCACCUGCUGAUUUGGCCUUGUUUUUUGGCUUGCUCCUCAAGAAAUGCUGGUGGCCAUGACAGAAGCCAAACGUGAGUUGGCUUGGGUGGGUGGAUUGAUGUGGGUGUCAGAAACUUGCCCACAGCUUUCCCCUCACAGUCACAACAAACAAACCUCCUGCAAGUUGAGCUCAAUAUCUGCAGGCAGAUAUAGAGAAGCUUUGAAUAGAUCAUUAGCCUAAAGAGUAAUAUGAGAAGAAUGUAAUUGAUAAAUGUAUGUAGAUAUUCUAAAACAAAUUGUUUUGAGAACUUUCAAACAUAGUCACAGGUCCAUGUAGAAUAAACACUUUACAUAAUACAAUAGAAGCACUGUUCUGCUGAUAUAACAAUGUGAACCUUUCAUCUUUUAUUGUCGUUCCCAGCCGAUACAAAUAUUGUGCCGAUCUGCAUUUUGUCUGGAGGUUUUGGGGCUACCUUAGCAAACAUGUCCGAGUAGCCAUACCUUCCUGUGUGGUGUCCCGCUCACAACAGGAGAUCCCUGAUCCUGGUUCAGAAUACACAGGGUUCCUCCCUCCACAUAUUGUCUGAUACCAUUUAAUAAAAGAAAUACAAGUAAAAUUGUGUCUAGUAAAAUGUUAAUGCCGAGUGCCAGGUCUUUCUCCCUUCAGAGACCUCAGUAUGAAGCCUGUCUGCCAGUCUGGACUUCCAUCACAUCAUCUUGCAAGUCUCCAUAUGCUGGCUCCAUACAUGUUUCUGUGAACACAUACAUAGUCACUGUUCUAUCACCAAUGGCAGUUAGUACUCGUUUGUGUCAGAUAUUACCUAUCCUAUGUUGAAGUUUGAACGGGUCAGACUAAACCUACCUAUUUCUGUUCUCCCUAUUGAUGACCGUUGGUGAGCAGGCAAGAGUUCAGGUCUUUUCCAGAGCCCCAUUGAUGGGCAUAGCAGCAUACAUCAGCUCCUGGCCACUCAUCAAAGGUACAAGUGGGACACACACACACUAUCAAUGGUGGUUAUAAAUAGCCUGGUCCUGGUGGAACCAACCGGAUCGCUGUGUUCACCUUUCUACUUCACUUCAGAUAUCAAAUGUGAAGUGCAAUAGAACGGUACAAAGGGAUCAGGCUGGAUCCACCAGCCUAGGUUUUUCUCUGGACAUUAUAUGCAUCUAAUAAGUAAAGAACUAAGCAACAAAUAAUGUCAGUUUAAAUAUGUUUCACAUUGGGGUUAUUUGUACAGAUGAGGAGCCUGUGAACGCUGUUGCCGUCGACAGGUGAAGGUUGCUGGCCGGAUACUUGCCAACAUGCUAGCUAUAUUUUAAUGACUUGUUACUGAGUUUUGAACACUUGUCAAACUACUUCACUGCCUGUUCAUUGAUGAAUUGGUGACUGAAAAAGUUGGUGACAACUUGAACCAGCACUGAAAUGUAAGCAGUGGGGUUCAUGUCUUCCCCCUCUCUGCUCUUUUCCUCAGGUUGAAGCACAUCCCUAACAUCCAGACAGAUGUCAAGAACUUGGGAACCUCCCAGCCACCAGGAUAAUCAUCUUGUUCUUGGGAGUUUAUUCACAAGGUGCUACAGAGAGAAUAUUCCAAGGACCUCCAGCGGCUUCUGACCAAGUAUCUGCGAUCUCGCCAGAGCACAGAGAAGCAAGGUCCGCUGGUGGUAAUAUACUUUAUGCUCUAUGUAAACCCCCUUCACUAUGGCUGUCUGUGUGAUGACAUACUGUAGCAUAUAAUCCAGGGCCACUGGUUGUAUUGGAUUUACUGUACUCACUCCAACUCAUGCCCUCUCCUCCCUCUAUAAGCUUCCCAGACUUUUAUAAAAAACGAACGUGUCCAUCCCCCUGUCCCCAGGGGAGUCUGCUGGGCCAUGGAACGCUAGAGCAGCACAUCAAAACACCUGCCACCAUGUUGUCAGCUAUCAGCAGACAGUUCCCUGAGGAAGGAUGCAACCAAGGUUUUAAGAGGGCCAAAUUAAAGGGGAUGACCACCAAAUGCAAUAAAGUUUUGUAUAAAUUACUCAUGUUCAUUUUUUAAUAGGUUACAAAACCAUAACUGUUUUAGCCUGUUCUCAUUUUUACUGACUACUAUGGUAACUUAAACAUCUGACAACAUGCAGACUUUCUCCAUCAAGAUAGCACUUGGCACUUCUGAUUCAAAGAGGUCUAAAAAUCAAUGCAAGUCUCAUAUCCAGGGUGAAUAAAUUAUUCUUCAUGUAUAAAAGAUCACACAGGUGUGCCAGCUAAAAUAUAUAUCCCAGACAAGCCUGAAGUAUAGGACAAAUAGGCUGUGUUUAGACAGGGAGCCCAAGUCUGAUUUUUUUUGACCAAUCAGAUCAGCACUGAAAAAGAUCUGAUGUGAAAAGAUCUGGGAUUGGUCAAAAUUAGUGGAAAAAUAUCAGGAUUGGGCCAAGAAUAAUAAGUGUGAAGUUUGAUUUCAUCCCUACUGUAAUAAGCAGCCAAUGAGGUAUUUUAAUUUAAUUAAUGUGUUUAAUCUGAUACUGUUAUCUCCGGUUUAACAGUUUUUAUGUAUGUAAGCACUUCAGAGUUAUAUCAAGCUAAUAAGUCACUCAUAAGACAAAGUUGUAAGAGUGUGCUUAACUGUAUUUUUUAUUUACUUUAUAGUUUUCACGGAAGGUGAUAAUUCUGACUAAAACUACAGAAUAAAACCGCCAGUUAAAAUCAA